AUGGCGAGCGCGUCGACUGAUGAGGCAGGGGUGGUGCUCACCAGUCUGCCGCCGGAGGUGCUGGAGUGCAUAUUCUCGUACCUGUCGGCGCGCGAUCUGUCGCGGGCCUCAUUGGUCUGUUCCCAAUUCAGCGCCACCGCGUCGGAGAACAAGCUGUGGCGCGAUCUCUACUGCCACGUCUUCGACAUCAGCCUGCAGCAAUGCCUCCCCUCCAUCGCUUCCCCACCCGGCCAUCACGGCUCAACCACAACGCAACCUCAACAAGCUUCACUUUUGCCUCCUACUUCCGUGGUCUCCUCAUCUCAAUCACUCGAUCCUUCAUCAGCUGCUUCAUCUUCUUCGACGGAGGGCGGUGCAGCACCGCCCGAGACAUCAAGCAGCACUUCUCACAGCACUGGCGACGGUACGCGGGAAGAGGUGGUGCUCAUCUCGCACGUCAAGUUGUGUUUCUCCGACGCCACGCACGUCUCGGUGGCGCGUGAGCGGGACUGGCGCGGGCUGUUCGCCGUGCGGUACGAAGUGGAGAAGAAGCACUGCAUCUCCUUCCUCCAGCUCGAGCGCGAGCAGAUCAAGCGCCGCAAGCUCGAACGCAACGCGGCCCGCGGCAAGGCCACCCCGGACACUGCCGCCUAUGAUGUAACACAUCCCGGUGUGAAGGGCAUCAAGAACGGCACGAUGGGCGACAUGGAAAAGGAGUACUGGAUCGACCGCACGACGAGGAAGCGCAUGACCGGCAUCAAGCGCACGAUGGAGGCGCUCAAGUACAUCGCCUGGGGUGAGAUAUUACGCGAAAAAGCUUUGGAUGCCUUGGACGAGAUGGACACCGAUGAGGCCCUGAAGCUUUUCAUGGUCGCCUGCGAGGAGUUCCACUCGGGCUACUCCCUGCUGCCCGCGAAUCACUCCCGCAUGCCGAACACGGUCAAGGACUGGGCCAAGGCGCUGGUCAGGCGCAUGCGGCUGAUGAAAGAGAAGGAGCAAAGGGAAGCGCAGCAGGCCGAGGGCGGCAAGGAGUUGGAGGACUGCGAGCUGAGCCCCGACCUGUACGACCAGAUAACACAGCUUUGGAACAGAUCGAACGAGAUUUAUGAAAGCUCCCUGCGGAUUGGCGCUUCAAACUUCGACCCAACCAAGCGUGCUGAGCUCUUCUGGGCGUAUGGUCACUCGCUGUUGGAGCAAGCACGCCGCUACAUUUCGGGCAAACGCCAAACCAUACUCGACCCAGCGAAGGAACAAGAGCUCGUCCACAGGGCCUUGGCGGCCUUCGACAAAGCGGUGGAAGCCGAUAUCGCUGAUGGUCUCGAGGAUUACGAGGUUGCCUAUGGAGUGAAGACCUGCGUGCACUCGAUCUUCACCUACAACACCUGGCGGGACCGAUGCCUGCCGGCGCCGGCCCACGACGCGCUCAUCCACGAGCUGUGGGAGGAGUGCCACAGGCGAAUCAAGCGGACGCUGCGUGCCGACAGCGAUCUGUUCGCUCAGAUGGAACGCGAACUUGGUCCCUUGACCGAAGUUAAGGCUCAAGGCAGCGCAACAGAUCUGACGAAGGAGCAAGAGGAGGAGGAGGCCGGCGAUGAACUCAAGCCGCCCCCCGAGGACCCGAACAAGUUCUACCUGUGCGACUUUGACAUGGAGUGUCACAUCGAGUGGGCCAGCAUCGUCUACACCCAAACGCUCCGGUUCAACCGUCCGGAGACGAUGGACAAGGUGUUCAAAGGUCUCGCACUCGCCAAGAGCAUCCUGCAAUGCGCCCUCGAGGAAUUGGAGGACGACGACGUCGACUGGAUGGGCCUCGUGAAAGGCAAUCUGGGUCUGUGCUACCUGCGGAUGGCCAAGCUUUCGAACGAGCCGCAGGUCCAGGAGGAGGGCUAUCGCUUGGCCGAGGUCUACUUCAGGGAGAGCGAGGCCCAGAACGACGACAGCCUCUACAACCUGGCCUCCCUCUACGCCCUGCGCGGUCGCACCGCGGAGUGUGAGGCGUGUCUGCGCAGCUGCCUGGAGGCCAACAACCUGCAGGCGCGGGAGCUGGUGGAGGACGACGACCUGUCGGUGGUCCGCAACGAGGAGUGGUUCCCGCAGCUGGUCGCCGAGGCCAAGCUCCGCAACGAGGAGCAGCGCAAGGCCGACCAGGAGGAGAAGCGCAAGAAGCGCAAGGGCAUCGACGAGUGGGCCAGCUCCUCGUCUGAAGAAGAAGAUGAUGAAGAGGGAGAAGAUCUCGAAGACGCCGACUUUGUCGUUCGACCGCAACCAAUGGACGAAGAAGGAGGAGCGUCAUGA